AUGGUUGAUACAACAAAUUUAAUUCCUAAUACUCCAAGAUAUCUUAAAGUUCCAUUAAUUGCAUUUAAUACUAUUCUUUGGGUUCUUGGUUUAGUUUUAGUAAUUAUUGGUAGUAUUGGUGUUAGCUUUUUUUCAAAUUUUAAAGAUUUUACAAAAGUUUCAAAAGCUUCAGCUGCACUUUCAAAUUUAACAACUGGAGCACCAGCAGGUGUAUUGGUUAUUGGUAUUUUCUUUGUUAUAUUAACAGUUAUUGGCUGUUUUGUGGCAGGAAAAGAGAAAUUGGUUGGUUUGGUAAUUUAUACAAUGUUAAUGUUAAUUAUUUUAGUUGCAUUAAUUGGUGUUGGUGGUAAAGCUUUAACAUUACAUAAUGAUGAUGUUGUUAAACAAAUUGGAAAUGCUUGGGAAGAUGUAUCAAAUGGUCCAAAGAAUUCUACAAUUUUGAAAUUAGAAAAUUUCUUAAAAUGUUGCUAUUGGAAUUCAACCAGUUCUAGAAACCCUUUACUUUGUCCAAAGGAUUCAAAAGGUAUUCCAAAAUAUACCGAUACUUGUGAUAGUGUAAUCUCUUCAAAAAUCUCUUCAAAUCUUUAUUUGGUUGGUGCUGCUGCUGUUUCAAUUGGCGUCAUCGAAUUUAUUUGUAUGCUUUUCGCCUUGUUUUUAAUUAUUCGUAUUUGUCGUGCUCCUCGUACAAAAUCAUAUGAUUAUCAAUAA